AACAAGCUAGUCAACGAAUGCCAACUGAAAGACCAAAUACAGCUUCGGCUUCGUCUUUAUCAACUAUUUCUAAUAAACCAACUAAUUUGACAGCAGCAGCUGCAGCAAUUAAAGCUAAUACUCGAUUACCAGAAUGGGCAAAAAAUCAAAUUGCUGAUGAGCCAACUGAGGAAGAGAAACGACGACCACAAUCUGAUCGUAAACAACCAGCUAGACGUAAUUUUGAUGAUGAUGAUGAUGAUGAUCGAUCAAGACGUGGUGGUGGUUUUGGACGUGGUCGACGUGGUCGAGGACGUGGGGGUGAUGAUGGAGGCGAAGAGACACGUCCAAGUAAAGAUGUUACUUUGUUUGAUUUCUUUGCAAUGAAAACUAAAUCGGCUCCGCAAAAAUUUCCUUCUUUUCCUUCUACUUCUUCUUCGUCUACUGGAAAAACUCAAACUCUUAACUCAAAACCUAGUCAACAAACUGGUACGGCAUCUUCAAAUCAAUCACGUGUAUCCAGUGCUAUUCAAAAACAAAUAUUUGAAUUUGAAAGUGGUGAUCAAGUAUUAGCUCGAUUUCAUGAAGAUAAUGAAUAUUAUCCUGCUAUUGUGAUGAAUGUUAUUUAUGAUACACAAAAAUGUGCAGUCAUGUUUGAAGGUUAUGAUACUCAAGAUACUGUGAAUUUCGAUGAUGUUGAACCAUUCAGCGAAGGAUACUACGAAGGUGAAGAAGAAGAAGAAGAAUAUGAACAAGAACAAGUACAACCAGCUCCAGCUCCAGCUCCAGGUCCACCGCAGUCACAACCACAAAGAAAUAAUGCGAGUCAACAUCAAAAACGAAAUCAACAAAGUGGUUAUCAACAAAGUGGCUAUCAACACGGUGGUUACCAACAAGGUGGCUAUCAACAAGAUCAGCAAGCUUAUGGUUAUUAUAAUCAACAACAACAACAGCAGCAACAACCAUACAACAAUCAGAAUCAAAAUCGACCUAAUUCAGGUCGAAAUUAUUCUCAGCAACAACAGUAUCCUAAUCAAUACAAUAAUAACUAUUAUUAUUAA